GGCGGGGCGGGGAGCGGGCCGCGGAGGCCGGCCCUCGGGCUCCAUGGACGGGCGUCGCGCCCCUGCACAGCCCGCCGGAGAGGUAAGGCUGGCCUCUCUGCAUUCAGAGGUCUGAGCUCUGCCAUGGGGGUAGGGGUGUCUUUAUUGCUGCAGCUUUCUCUGACAUCUGGGGGCUACCGGAGUGUGGGCCGAAGCAGGCGCUGCAGCCGCAGAAGUAUCCCCAGGAACAUCCCCAGGAGGAGCUGGAAAAAGCCUCAUCCCCAGCUUUGCAGUCUCCAGGCAGAGGAAGAACCGAUGUUGGAACGUCGCUGCAGGGGCCCUCUGGCCAUGGGCCCAGCCCAGCCCCGACUCCUUUCUGGGCCCUCCCAGGAGUCACCCCAGACCCUGGAGAAGGAGCCGCGUGGGCUGAGGCAACAAGGCACUUCAGUGGCCCAGCCGAGUGGCCAGGCCCCGGGCAGGGCCCAUCGCUGUGCCCACUGUCGAAGGCAUUUUCCGGGUUGGGUGGCCCUGUGGCUUCAUGCCAGGAGGUGCCAGGCUCGGCUGCCCCUGCCCUGCCCUGAGUGCGGCCAUCGCUUCCGUCACGCCCCCUUCUUAGCGCUGCACCGCCAGGUCCAUGCUGCUGCCACCCCAGACCUGGGCUUCACGUGCCACCUCUGCGGGCAGAGCUUCCGAGGCUGGGUGGCCCUGGUUCUGCAUCUGCGGGCCCACUCGGCUGCAAAGCGGCCCAUCGCUUGUCCGGAAUGCGAGAGACGCUUCUGGCGACGAAAGCAGCUUCGAGCUCAUCAGCGCCGGAGCCACCCCCCUGCCCCUGAGGCCCGGCCCUUCAUAUGCGGCAACUGUGGCCGGAGCUUUGCCCAGUGGGACCAGCUGGUUGCUCACAAGCGGGUGCACGUAGCCGAGGCCCUGGAGGAGGCAGCAGCCAAGGCGCUGGGGCCCCGGCCCAGGGGCCGCCCCGCCGUGACCGCUCCCCGGCCGGGCGGAGAUGCCGUCGACCGCCCCUUCCAGUGCGCCUGCUGCGGCAAGCGCUUCCGGCACAAGCCCAACCUGAUCGCCCACCGCCGCGUGCACACGGGCGAGCGGCCCCACCAGUGCCCCGAGUGCGGCAAGCGCUUCACCAACAAGCCCUACCUGACCUCGCACCGGCGCAUCCACACCGGCGAGAAGCCCUACCCGUGCACCGAGUGCGGCCGCCGCUUCCGCCACAAACCCAACCUGCUGUCGCACAGCAAGAUCCACAAGCGGUCCGAGGGGGCGGCCCAGGCCGCCCCCCGCUCGGGGAGCCCCCAGCUUGCAGCCGGCCCCCGGGAGCCCUCGGCAGAGCCCCCGCCGGAGGCCCCCCUGAAAGCCGCGCCGGAGCCGGCAGCCGAGCCUCAGGCGGAGGGGCCCCUGCAGUCCCCGCGGGACCGGCCGGAAGCCCCCCCGUCCCUCUACAGCUGCGACGACUGCGGCCGGAGCUUCCGGCUGGAGCGCUUCCUGCGGGCCCACCAGCGGCAGCACACCGGGGAGCGGCCCUUCACCUGCGCCGAGUGCGGGAAGAACUUCGGCAAGAAGACCCACCUGGUGGCGCACUCCCGGGUGCACUCGGGCGAGCGGCCCUUUGCCUGCGAAGAGUGUGGGCGCCGCUUCUCGCAGGGCAGCCACCUGGCCGCCCACCGGCGCGACCACGCCCCGGAGCGGCCCUUCGUCUGCCCCGACUGCGGCAAGGCCUUCCGCCACAAGCCCUACCUGGCCGCCCACCGGCGCAUUCACACCGGCGAGAAGCCCUACGUCUGCCCCGACUGCGGCAAAGCCUUCAGCCAGAAGUCCAACCUGGUGUCCCACCGGCGCAUCCACACGGGGGAGCGGCCCUACGCCUGCCCCGACUGCGACAGGAGCUUCAGCCAGAAGUCCAACCUCAUCACCCACCGCAAGAGCCACAUCCGGGACGGCGCCUUUUGCUGUGCCAUCUGUGGCCAGACCUUCGACGACGAGGAGAGACUCCUGGCCCACCAGAAGAAGCACGACGUCUGAGAGGGGCAGGGGCUGCGGAGACCGAGGGAAGAGGCAGGGCCUGGUGUGGUUCGCAGCAGGAGCGUGGCUGGGCUGUGGCUGCCUGCCUUGGUGCCGGCGUGUGUAGGGGACUGAGGGGAGUCCCAGAAGGGCUGGAAGAGCUGGGAGUGAGCUGAGCCCCGUUAGCAGCGCGGGAGGUUAACCCCCCUCGGGAAGCUCACUUCAGAGCGCAAGGACCCCAGCUUCCACCUGGCUUUGCCAAGGCUGGGUCCUGACUGCCCUGUGCCCGGGAAAAGUAGCAAUAGCUCCGUCUACCCCUGAGAGCCCUCUGGCUAGAGGAGCCACCAGUCCAUCCUCUGGUGUUAACGCCUUAAUGCCCCUGUCUUUUACUGAGUUGCUUCAGAUCAUUUUUGGAGGUAGGUGUGGUACAGUCUUUAGUAAGUAAACGCUUGGGGAGGAAAAGUGGACCAGCUGGAUACACCUUGGAGAACCUGCUGGCCUUGUUAAACGGCACCCAGGCCUUUGCCAGCAACAUCCAUAGGUGAAGCCGAGCUGCUCAUACCUCCUCCUGCCCUGUCCCCUCCCUCCUGCCCCCUGCGCAGGCACCCAGACUUGGAGAGGCACAUCUACUGUUAGGUAUUCCAUCCUCUAAUUCCCUGAAGAUCCCAGCCCCCAGGGAGUUGCCUCCUUGGUCUGGCUUGCUUUAUCCACCAUCCUGCCAGCACUUUGAGCUUCCCCAGGUUGUCAGCAGCCCUGUAUCCAGGAUUUUGUCCAAACACCCCAACCCCUCCUUCACUCCUUCCAAAGCUCAACGUGGCAUGGAAAGGACUGUCCCAUUGAUGAUGGAGGAUCAGCUGAAGGGAAGGAUGUGGGUGACUUUCCUUUUCAACAUUUCUAGCAUAUGGAUACCCCGUCUUUGCUUGCGCACUUAGGUGACAGGGAGUUCCCCACCUCCUGAGGCCCUGGUUCUAUUGUAGGAUGAUUCAAAUUGUUAGAAAUUCUUCCUUAUAAUGAAUGGAUUCUGCUUUCCUAUAAUUUCUACCUACUGGGCCUUGUUCUCUUCUCUGGAACUAAACAGAACAACCAUUUACCUUCCUUUUCAAACUAGAGAAUAAAGAUUUGGUUUUAGAA